UGUGCUCUUGGGUCAGCCCCCUUCUCUGUUUCCCCCAAAAGCUCAAACCAGCUCCUUUUUAAGCAUUUUCUCUCAAAAUUUUCUCGGUAAAGUUACAGAAAAAGUAUACAAUUACCUUUUUUUUUUUUUGUUCGGUCCAAAGAUAAAGAAGAGAGAUAACGCACAGCAGAACUUCUCUGCACUUUUCGUUGCUCUUCUUACCAAAAGAAACCCUGGCGGUGAAUCUUCGAUGGGUUUAGCUCUCUAUGCAUCACCUACCUCGAUUUCUCAGCCGUAGCAAGCAAAGCAGGAGCAUGGAUCGGGGGAAGAGGCCGACGAAGCCGAAGCUCGAGCGCCGUAAUGCGGUCAAGCACAUUGAAUACGACGCCCUUUCUUCGUCUUCCUCCCUCGAAGACUCUACGUUGUCGUCUUCCCUCCACACUAAAUCCCUCGACCUAUCGGACCGCACGAGCUUCAGAAUCGAAGGAAUCGAUGGCGAGUUCGAAGUGAUAUGCCAGCGGUUGGGGUUCUCCGGGCCCGAGGACUUCGCGAUCCCCGAGGCGGAGUGGGCGGCCCGGAAGAUCCGAUCGUCGUCGGAUAUUCUACCGAGGUCGAGAUUGCAAGGGUUGAGCGGUCCGAUAAUAGAAGAAGCGGAAGACACGGGGGAAAGCGAAGCUGUAGUUGAAUUGAGUGAGAGAAUUGCGGAUGGUGUGAGAAUCGGGGAUGGAACUGAGUUGACUAGGUCUGAUCAAGCCGAGCCGAGCGGGUGCUGUGUGACCGGUGGUUGUGGUGGCGGUGAUGGUGUUGGUGUUGGUGUUGGAGGAGGAGGGAAUGGAAUCAAAGGCAUUCGGCCAUCGCCGGUGCUGAAGCCGCCGCCGGCGAUGAGGCUUCUGGUAAUCGAUGAUGGGUGCUCGACUUGGGACCUUAUGAAGGACUUUGCGCCGGAUGAUGAGAGAGGUCGUUUGAUGAGUGGAUAUAGAUCUUCUUCCGAUGAAGAAGCGGAAGAGGAUAAAGAAGAGGAAGAAGAAGAGGAAGAAGAAGAGGUAGAGGUUGAGGUGGCGAAGGUGAAGAGAGAGGUGGUGGGGGAGGAGAAUGUGGUGAAGGUUAGGGAGAUAGCUGAGCUAUCCGAGUGUUCGUUUACUACGUCGAAUGACGACGAUUCGUCUAGCAGUACCACGGUUUCUCCAAAUGGGAGAGUCAGGCCUGAUACCACGUCUUGGGAAAAGGGAAUCAUUCUGGGACGCGGGUCGUUUGGAUCAGUGUAUGAAGGAAUCGCUGCUAAUGGAGUCUUUUUUGCUGUAAAGGAAGUUUCACUGCUUGAUCAAGGAAGUCAGGGAAGGCAAAGUGUUUAUCAACUUGAGCAGGAGAUUGCUCUUUUAAGUCAGUUUGAACAUGAGAACAUAGUUCAAUAUUAUGGCACAGAUAAGGAUGAAUCAAAACUAUUUAUCUUUCUAGAGCUAGUAUCACAAGGCUCCCUUUUAAAGCUCUAUCAGAGGUAUCAUCUUCUAGAUUCUCAAGUCUCCUCAUAUACAAGACAGAUUCUGCAUGGUUUGAAGUAUCUUCAUGACAGAAAUGUGGUUCACAGGGAUAUCAAAUGUGCAAAUAUAUUGGUGGAUGUAAAUGGAUCUGUGAAGCUUGCAGAUUUUGGAUUGGCGAAGGCUACGAAAUUGAAUGAUCUUUUAUCUUGCAAGGGAACUGCAUUCUGGAUGGCCCCUGAGGUUGUUAAUGGGAAGAACCAAGGAUAUGGGCUUCCAGCUGAUAUAUGGAGCCUUGGAUGCACUGUAUUGGAGAUGUUGACAAGUCAGAUUCCAUAUUCGGGUUUGGAAGGGAUGGCAGCGUUGUUUAAAAUUGGAAAGGGUGAACCACCUCCUGUUGCUGAUUCUCUCUCAAGAGAUGCAAGGGAUUUUGUCCUGCAGUGCCUUCAAGCAAAGGCCCGUGAUCGUCCUACUGCUGCUCGACUCUUGGACCAUCCAUUUGUAAAGAGGCCACUUUCCACAUCCUCAGGCUCAGGCUCGGGGCGUUGAAAUACUUUUCUUGGCUAAAUCCAUGAAGAGAAUGAGUGCCUUCCGUCUCUAGACGUGCAAGCAUUUUUUUCAUGUUGCAUCCUCAAGUUGGUGAAGUGUUCUGGACUCGAUGUUGCAGCCACCAAAUAUUUCUUGUGCUGUAGACAGGAGACACCCGAGUCUGGUUAGGUGGCUUAAAUCAAUUUCCAAACGCUGGUUAGGUCUACAAAUGGAUCUAUAACGGCAAAAAAGCAAGCAUACAGAGGAUGCAGAGGAUGCAGGUCUUAAAUUAUUUUAGCGUCGGAAAAAGAAAAUAGAUUUCUUUGAUGAAAGAUGUUGCUAGUCUUUCUUCUUUUCUAGAAUUAAAAAAUUUUAGGGAUUAAAAUAUUUUAGGGGCGUAGGGUGCGAGGAGUGAUUGUUGUAAUAUUCGGAAAACAUACAAAAUUUGUAUAUAUCUCUUAAUUGACAAAAUGACAUAACACCUGUUGUAAUUGAAAAUUAGUUCUUGAUUUGUUGCCCCACGCGAA